AUGCAGCGCACGGCAACCUCGGGCAGCACCGAUUCGGGAGGCUUCGACCUCAACGUCAAGACAGAGUGGGAGAGGGAGGUCAGCGGCGCAAGCAAUACCAGUGUCCUCACUUUCACCAACAGAGGCGAGAUCAAGGAGAGCGCUGGCGACGAAUCCCAGCAACACAAAACAAAGAGCAAGGGCAUCGCCACAGAAUACUUCAAGCGCUCCGAAACAGAUGCGGACUCAUUUACACUCAAGGGCAAGGUUUUGGCAAACUCUGAGAAGUCUCUCGUCAUUACAGUGUGUCAGGGUUUCUCCCGCAAGAUCCUCCGGAACAAGAUGUUUGCACAUUUUAUGGUUGUCAUCGUCGUCCUGGAUGCAUUCCUGACGGCGACUGACAUCGAUUUCAGAGCUCGUGGCGAGACGCCUCCUGGAUUGGUGCUGGGUCUGUCGACGAUGUGCCUGUGCUUGUACGCGCUGGAGCUCUUGUUUCAAGUCUUUGCACGAGGACGCCGGGUCUUGCACGAUUGGCUGGCUUGGAUGGACCUGAUUAUUAUUGUGUCUGGCUGCGUCGAUCUGCUAGUGAGCGCCUUUGUGAAGAUUGAGUUUCUAUCCAAAAUCGGUGCCAUGCGAGUGCUGCGCCUGAUUCGUAUCGUUCGGCUGCUGCAGCUUCUGCGCCGAAACCGAUCCUUGAAAGAGUUGCAGAAGCUGGUAAACAUGCUGGCCACCUGUUUGAAGACGCUGCUAUGGUCCUUCGUGUUUCUGUGUCUCGUGAUGACUGGGUGGGCCAUGCUUAUUGUCGAAAUCAUUCACCCAUAUGUACUGGAACUACAUGAAAUGUUCAUCGAUUGUGAGCAAUGCACGCGGGCCACAUCGACAGUAAUGCAGGCAAACUUGCUUUUGUUCAAGACGGUCAUUGCCGGAGACAGCUGGGGUCAGAUUGCCGUGCCAGUCAUUGAGUCGCACCCUGAGACAUCGAUCAUUUUUGUUGGCUCCCUGCUGACUCUAGUCUUUGGCGUUCUCAACCUUAUAGUUGCGGUAGUUGUGGACACCUUCGCCGAAGUUCGCGAGAAUGACGUGGUCAACUUGGCCCAAGAGCUGGAGUUCAACAUAGAAGAUGAUCAGAAAAUCCUCCGACAAAUAUUUCACCGCAUCGACGCAGAUGAG